AUGGCAAAUCUUCCUAACGAACUUAUUAUAGAUGUUCUUCGAGAGGUCUUACACGAAUCUGGAUUUCAAGCACUUUAUAAAAUUCGAGCAACUUGUCAGCAAUGGAAACGAUUAGUCCCUAUUAUUAUAAUCGAUGAAUUUUUGAAAAAUAAAUCAUAUCAACAAAUGUUUAACGUCGAAGUCCGCGGAUGGAAUCGUUCAUUAUUACCUAUCACUAUGAAUCAGCAGCUCGAAAACUUUUUUGGUCGCUUUUAUCCAUCACGCUUAUAUUAUGAUGAUAAUACAAAAAUGAUUUAUUUUCUAAACGAGAAAAUUCCUUCAUUUCAAGUUAUCAAUGAUAUUUUGGAAUGUUUUAUUUUUCCAUUCGUUAUUAAUAUAAUGAAAGAUGAAUUGGAUGGAAUGGAAGGAGAAAAAGAAUUUAAAAAAAAUGAUUGCGUUAGCAUUAUUAUAAAAAAGAUAGACGAUAAUUCCUUCAAGGUCUUAAGAUGGAGCAUUUGUGGGAGAGUUGUGAACAAGGUACUGGAUACAAACUUUAUAAAAAGUCAAGUGAUAAUGUAA